ACACGCGGCUCGCUCAUGGCCAGCUGCCGUACGAGUCUCGCGUCAUACGUUCCCGACGCGGGCCUGUUCAGUCUCGGAUCUCGAUCGAAUCGCAGAAAAAAAGCCGAUGGGACACGUAGCGAGGAAGGGACCGGGGUGGUUCAGUUAAGGUUCCCCAAACGAUGUGCCAUGGCCUCGUCCUUAGGGGGCCCAGGAAUGACGUCGGGCGUUCCGUCGCGAAUAGUCAACCUGGAAUUUCCCCCACCUCCGCCUUAUCCGCCACCCCACAACCAGAUAUCGUGCAACGCGUUAAUGGAACCGGUAUCGCCGGUGGUGUCGACCAUCACGAGUUCGCGCCAGCACCUAUUGGAUUAUUCGUAUGCGUACUACCAGUCUGACUCUGCUCGUUACCACACGACAUGUCCGGCAGAAGUGUUGUCGCAGCAGCAGCAGCAGCAACUUCAACAGCAACAAGAACACCAGCAGCAGCAGCAACAACAACAACAACAACAACAACAGCAGCAGCAGUUACGACAAUCUCAGCAACAGUUACAGCAGCUAAGAACGGAUCCUUUAAAGAGACACACUUAUACGACUUGCUAUGGCACGGAGGAAAACAUUUAUGAAGAGAUAUCGGAAAUCAGCAAGCAAUGCCAUCGCGCGUUACACGGCUCGCGAAGGUCACUCGUGGCAGAGGAGGUGCGUCGCGUACAAUCGCGGCACCGUCGUGUGCUCGGAGAACUCAAUUUAAGCGUGGAGGCGAUGCUGAUGCCGACCGCGAUUGACAACAACGAAGAGGAGAUGACGCAGGAAGCUCACGGGACGUCCACCGACGAGCUGUUGCCCUCGGUCGAUCCCGCUGACGAUCUUCUCUCUCGCGUUGGUUGUGACAUGGACAGCGGCUUCAGCGGGAGCUCCACCGCGAGCUACAGAUCGGGCUUGGGAUCUUUGAGAAGAGGAAUGGGAAAAACGAGCAGUUCGGAACCGGUCGGGGUUCUACGUAAGACGAAGGCCGCCAUGAUUUGGAAAAAAGGUUGGAAAGGCUGGAAGAAACUUCACUCCUUCGGAAGUGGCAGCAACAGCAGCAGCAACAGUAACAGUAACAGUAGUAACAGCAAGAUCAUUGAUGAGCCUCGUUCAAGAUGCAGAUCGUGGGAUGACGUAGGACCACCGGGCAAAAUGGAAACGGUCAGCGGGAACUCGCACGCACAUCAUUCCUCGUUGGAGACCAGCAGGUCCAACACGUCCACGCAGUCCGCUAGAAGCGAGGACUCCUGGUGCUCGGCGUCUGACCACGAUCUUUCCUCCGAUGACGAGAGCGAAAAGAGUAAUAUCAGUAUUAAAAGCAAUUGUCAGUUGAGAAACACGUUGCAUAAGGCGCGCACGCUUUGUGACAAGUGGCGAUUCCCAAAUAUGCCGGUGAACAACGUGGAUCUAUUGGAGUCUCCGGGAAGUCACGGUCGCCUCUCGAGGUGGUUCAGCAUCCGUCGAGGUUCGGCGCAUCAUUACGAUGUCGAUUCAUCGGACACGGUGUCUUUGACCAGUCCAGUCAAAAAUGCGUCACAAAUGCCACAACUCUGCGAAGUCGACGAAGAGAACAGUGCUAUGGUACAAUUUCAGUGCAUGCAACAGCGAAGACAAGCUCCGCCUACACUCCCGUCGCCACCUCCAAACCUGUCCCCUCAGCAGCUGAAACGUAGACAUAUUGUGGCUGCGAUAGUACACUCUGAAAAUAGUUACGUAUCUACUUUGCAGAGACUGGUAAACGAAUACAAAAAACCGUUGGAGGAAUCUUCGCCGCCUAUACUGAGUCAAUCUAAAAUCGCGACGUUGUUUCAUAGACUGCCCGAAAUUUUACAGUGCCACACGUUGUUUAGAAUUGCUUUGGCAGAAUGCGUGCGAUCCUGGGAUAAGGAUGAAAAGUUGGGAGACGUGUUCGUUGCGAGUUUUAGCAAAGCCAUUGUUCUUGACAUUUAUAGCGGUUUUAUAAACAAUUUUUCUGUGGCGAUGGAUUUAGCUAAACAAGAAUCGAAGAGAAAGACUGCACUCGCAGAUUUUUUUAAGGUGAAACAAAUAAGUGCUCAUGAUAGAUUAUCUUUCUUUGGAUUAAUGGUUAAACCCGUGCAGAGAUUUCCACAAUUUAUCUUAUUUUUACAAGAUCUAUUGAAGCAUACACCGCAAGGACACCAUGACAGAAUGUCGCUGCAGUUAGCGUUAACACAACUCGAGAGUUUGGCAGAAAUGCUAAACGAAAGAAAACGAGAAGCGGAACAAUUCCAAGCGUUUAAAGAAAUGUUGCGGCACGUUUCCGGAAAGUUGUCACAUCGUCCGCUUUCUUCAGCGUCUCGGUAUCUUAUUAGGGAAGACAACGUCACGCAAUUGGAAUUUAAUCAAAAUGGCAUGAUAACGAAAUCCAAGAGAAGAAGACUAUUGUUACUGAACGAUUUAGUAGUUUGCGUUUCGGUCACUCCGCGAUCUACAGAGGAUUUUUCGGGAAACGAACGACUAACAUUAAAAUGGACAUAUCCAGUGUCAGAUAUCGAGAUUCAAGACACCAGCACUUCACCAACCUUAAGUCGGUUACUCACUGCUGGCUUGAAUAAAGGUGGUAGUUUAAAAUCCGACAAAAGCGGAGAGUGUGGACAGGCAACCGACGCGGACAAUCUCUGUGUAGAAAUGAAUGAUCUUAUGCACGAUUACGAAGUGAUGUCCAGAAUAAGUGAUUUGGUGGCCCAGUUGAAGGGCAGAUACGAGGGGCUAACGCUUCAGACUACCAAGCAAAUUCUACAAUCGAUACAAAUGUCAAUACAGCAGAAAGAUGAGGAUAUGGUAUGGGCUGACAGUUGUUGCCUUCAGCUAGUCACAAAACAAGGUCAAAUGUAUACGUUUCAAACGGAAAAUCCAUUAGUGAAGAAAGAUUGGAUAACAGAACUUAGAUUGGCGCAAUUAGCUUUAGAUCCAAAUAAUUCGCCAUCGUGGGAAGUACCUGAACAAGAGCAGAGGCCGUCCACAAAAAUGCCACUUUUCGUUAGUUCACAAACAGUGUAUCAUUCGCAACAUCAGACCGAGGUGCGUUGCGGUUGUUAUUAUUCCAUUGAAAAUUCACGUUCCACGAGGCGACGAGGUAGAAGUCAAAAUUAUUUGUGGAUAUGUACGGGGGAUGGAAUAUCUAGCCAUGUGACGAUUUUCGGUCAGUCGACAACAGCUUCGGCGACUUGUUUGAAACGUAUAACUACUUUCGAUCUGGUUGAAACUAGAGUCAACGCUAUCGAGUUUGUAAAAGGAGUGUCCAGCGAUCUUACCACUCUCGCUAGUGAUCUCGUAUGGAUGGGUACUGAUUCUCGGAGGAUUAUCAUUUAUGCCGCUGCAGAACCCGAGAAAGAAGAAGAGAUUGGCAGUUAUUCCGUCCCAGGUCCCAUAAUAGAAAUCAAGUAUCAUUGCGACAAUGUUUUCGUAGCUUUAGGCACGGGCUUGUUACUUAUGUAUAAGCGACAAGUCGACGGUGCCUGGAAUCUUAAGGAUUCUUUCAGCAUAUCACUGGGUAGCGAUCCCGUCUCGUGCUUGAUGCCAAUCAAUACAUCGGUUUAUGCCGCCUGUGCCAAAAAGGUGUGGGUUCUUAACGCUACUUCGGGUGAAGUCACCAAGAACUUCAGCGCGCAGCACGAGCACGUCGGGAAUGUGAAACUCAUGGCUCAUUCCGGAGUCGGUCUUUGGGUCGCUCUGAAAAACUCGAGCACAGUUUGCCUUUAUCAUACGGAAACAUUUAAACACCUGCAGGACAUCAAUAUAGCGUCCAAUGUGUUAAGAGUGACGAAAAUGAAUAAUCCUGGCAACUCGAGCAGCAGCAAUUUUGCUAUUAAUAAUCAAACUACGGUCACAGUCACAGCGCUAUUAGCGUGCAAAGGUCUCUUAUGGGUUGGUACGAAUGUAGGUAUAAGUUUGACUAUUCCUCUACCGCGAUUGGAGGGUGUACCUAUCAUCAGUGGUCGUGUCAAUAUCUCGUAUCACGCCCACUUCGGUCCGAUCACGUUUUUGCUGGCGAUACAUAACACAAAAAACACUGUUUGUUCUGCGAAGGAACGCGUUAACGUUGACGACGAGAGUGUACAACUGAGAACGAGAGAUACCGAGCAGAGACCGUCGCGUGACAGAACGAGUUUAGAUUCCUCUGUGUGUAGUAACAUCGUGAAACUAAAGCAGCAGCUAACGAGCAGUCCGGUGAUGUUGAGGAGAAAGCGAAGCAAGGAAUACGAUUGCAGAGGCUCAAAAACUCUUCCACGAGGAUUGGGCGCCGGUUGUGGAUUUCUGUCAAAUUCCUUCUCCAGCUCGCAAAGUUCCGGCGAAAACUGUGACGUUUAUGGGCUGUACGGUGAAUUGAUGUACGUGAAGGAUUACGAAAAUGAAAACAAUUCGGGUAUAGAUCCCAUUUACGAGUCGUUGAGAAGAAGUGACCCGGAGCUGGCGGCCAUACCAAAUAAAGUGAGUACUUUGGAUCGUAGAUUAAAAAUGAAAAUCACUAGGCCUAGAUCGUUGGAUCUUUCCAACUGGUCGGUGGACUCUCACGCCAGCUCCUUGUACACGUCUUCCGGUUCGGAAGAGAAUAUAUCCCUAAAAACUGGAAAGUUAUCGCGUAAUAGUAGCAUAGCUAGUCGUAAUGGUCCCUAUGACCUAUCUACACCUAAUAAUAGCAUAGUAGAAUCGGGAUUGGAAGCAAGGUCCGCGACCAAUCUCAAGACGAACGGCAAGAAAAAUGGCAAAGCGACUCAGCAAGUAGAUCAACCCAAGCGGACGGUGUUGACGUUGAUGGGUGGACGCGGUUAUGUUAAUUGGAGGCAAAUCCACGCGCAAUCCGGUAUUGACAAGAAUUCGAAAUCGACCUAUGCAUUUAAAGAUCCUAACAGCAACGACGCACAUAUUGUUUUAUGGGAGAUGAAAUUAUGAUGUACAAUCGCGUUUUUAGGCCUGCCGUUAUACAUCGGUGCGAGAAGCGAAACUUGGACGUUGAUAUGUAGUAUAAUAGACAAUAGGACCAAAAGAGUACUGAUAAGGCUUUAGAUUGUUGAUAAUUGUAAAGGACCAUCGGAUAAAUAAUAUGAUUACGUAGCAGUGAGUAUCCAUGUCUUUUUCGAACAGAUAUGACGUUACACAUUAGUAUUGAUUAAUACUUUAAAGCGAGAAUCAAGCUAUUGGAAUCAAGGAAGAUCACUCUAGUAUUAGAAUAUCGAAUAUUCUUUGAUUACCAAGAUACUUAAUGCAGACUGCACGAGGUUUUUUUAAAUGAACAACUUUUCUAGGGAAGAAUUUAUAGCUUUAUGAAUAAAAUAACGCUUUAUUAAUAAAACAGACUGAAAUAAAGUAUAGAUCGUUGCAGCGCAUGACAAGAUUAAUAUGACUCAACCGUAUAUUAUCGUCAAAAGUGUACUUUCGUUGUGUACAAAAAUGAUUUAUGAUGUCUCGAUAUAAUAUGUCGCUUUUAGAUUUGAAAUUCUUCAAAAUUUACAUCUCUGCUUAAGAUAUUACUUGAAUCUCGUUAGUUUAUAAUGAAAUGUGAUAAGUCUCAAAAAUCUUGAGAAGGUGCACAAAAAGAAACUUAAACGAGAGUUUCAUGUUAAACGGUGUAAAACGUUUUAUAUUUAAUAUCCGUGACAUACGAGAAUAAUUUCUACAAAAGUGUUCUGCUUAUGCUAUAUUAAACGUAAACGUUCGCAUUCAGUUAAAACUAACACAUCGUUGUUCACGCGCGUACGCGUUAUAACUAAAAUUUAGAUGAUUAGUCGGGUUUAGACUACGCGUUUCAUACGCGAUAUAUUCACCGUAUGUGCUGCAGGAACGCUGUAUUUACAUUAGGUAUUUUAUCAUCUUAUAAACUAUUGUUGCGUUGUUUCAUAUCGAUAUUAUCUACACAACAUUAUUUUUGGCGAAAAUCAAACUGUUAUCCGGAUGUUAUUCGGAUUUUAUACAUGUCGAUACGCGGUAUUUAUUUUUAAAAGCUAUAUACACUUUGACUUUUGUUUUAAACGGUAAUCGUUCGGUUGCUCUAGCAUCGAACAAGAUUUAAAUGUAAUAUGUCAAAGCUCAUCGUUCAAGAAAUUAUAAUUACCAGUCCAUGCAUCAAAUUGUGCGGGCACAGAUAUUGAUUUUGAUAGAACAUUUUGAUACAAAAUGAUACCGUUUUGAUGUCCGACAUGUUUAUAAAAAGUUUCCAUGGGGCUCAUUAUAUAAGACAAUAUAUAAUGCGUUUGUAUAAAAUUCAGUUUCAUGAAAUUAUAAACUUUUAUUCCUCUAAAAAAGUUACGGAAUUUAUUUAAAAGAUUAAAGUUAAAGAAUUUAUUUAAAAAAUUUCUGAAUCUGAAGAGUUACUUAAAAUCUCAUUGUUUGCAAAUUUUUGGUGAAUAAUUUAUCAAUAUUUAACGAAAGAAGUGUUUAAAUUUUUUGUCAUUUAGCGAUUUAUUGAUUUUUACGAUAAUUAUUGGAAUAAAAUACUGAAUCCAGGUUGUCGUUUAUAGAGAUAUAUUCUUUAUAAUAAUAACGUCGUAAUAAUGCAUUUCGGAAAAUGUUUAUAUGGUAAUUGUGUGUCGAAUGUAUAUUAUAAUUUUUUCAAUUGGCCUGUUUGGAAUAAUAUGUGGAAAAAUUUUGUUUAUGCCAGUUAUGAACGUAAAUAAAAAAAAUUUCUAUUUAUAGAUAAAUUCAUGAAACACUAAUUAAUGACUGCUAUUGCCUGCUCUCGUGAUGAUUAUUGAGAAAUUUAUAGCUUCACAGUUGUUUAAAAUGUAUCCAAUUUUUCAUGAAAUGUUAAUAUACUGUCCGUUUUUUUAUAUGAUCGAGUCUUUAAUGAAGAAAUGCCGAUCUGUGUACAUAUAUAUCUCGUAUAAAAUAUGAAAUAGUGUAUGUGUUAUAAAACCGUUAAAUAGAUUUAUAUUUUGUAAACUAAUUUUGUUCGAAUACAUAGUCUUAUUUUGUAUUUAUGCCUUUAGUACGCGCGUUAGUUACACAACGAAACUUUACUAUGUAUUUAUUACGUAUACAUAUACGAUGUCACCGUUAUAAAUAGAGAAUCUUGUUACUUUGUUGCGCCGAAAGAGAGGUACAGUGGUAUAGUAUACUUUUUGUUCAUUGUAACAUUAUAUGGCUACAUUAAAAUUACUUCAAAUGAAA